UUGUUUAAUUUGACAAGUUUUUUAACACUUUUUAGUCAAAAUGGCGAUGGCAGUACUUCAGCGGCGCGCCAAUGUGCGCUUGCCGCCAGAAGUAAACAGAAUCUUGUAUGUUAGGAAUUUGCCAUACAAAAUUACUGCAGAAGAGAUGUACGACAUUUUUGGCAAAUACGGUGCUAUCCGUCAAAUCAGAGUAGGAAACACUGCAGAAACGAGAGGGACAGCAUUUGUUGUCUAUGAAGAUAUCUUUGAUGCAAAGAAUGCCUGUGAUCAUCUCAGUGGUUUCAACGUGUGUAAUAGAUACUUGGUAGUUUUAUAUUAUCAACCAAACAAAGCUUUCAAGAGGGUCGAUGUUGACAAGAAGCUGGAAGAGAUUGACAAACUUAAGACAAAGUACAACCUGGGGGAAGAGAAAAAAUAAAAUGACUUUUCAUUUUGCUGAUAACAAGAACAAGUUUUCGGCAAAAGUGAUCCAACUGACAUAAAUUUAAGUCCUAAUUUUUAUUUAUCAAUUAGAUAGUUUUAAUAAUUUCAUAUGUAUGUAUGUAUAUAUAUAAAUAUCUAAGAGUACACAUCAAUUAACGAAAUAAUAGCCUUACUCAAUGUUCGAAUAAGAUUU